UUUUCGUAAACAUUGUGUCCGAGGUGUGUUGUCCGCUGGCGUGUUACGAUUUGAAAUUUCAGUCAACAAUGGUGAAGAAAGGUGCCGGACCCGGAAGGCUUUAUGCCAGGGCUGUGUUCACUGGCUACAAGCGUGGUCAGCGCAACCAGUAUGAGAACACUGCUCUCCUGAAGAUUGAGGGCUGCAAGAACAAGGACGAUGGCAAGUUCUACGUUGGCAAGCGCGCAGUAUACGUCUACAAGUGCAAGAAUAAGACCUCUGUCCCCACUGGUGGCAAGAGCAGACUGCGUGUCCUCUGGGGCAAGGUGACCCGCAUUCACGGUAACUCUGGCUGCGUACGUGCGAAGUUCUCUAGCAACCUUCCAGCUACUGCCAUGGGCAAGAGGAUCAGAGUUAUGUUGUACCCAUCCAGAAUUUAAACAACAAAUGAGAAAAUAAAU